UCACUGAUGGUAACAUGCAUUAAAUUUUGGUAAUAAUAAAUGUCGAAAGAAGACUGUCGAUAAUUCUAAAAAUAAAUAGAACGAAGUUAAAAGAAAAUAUUUGAUGGAGCAAAAUUGAAUUUUUUAACAAAAAUCAUGUAAAUUGAUAAAUAUUGGUUAUGAGUGGCAGAUCAAGACGUUGAAGUGACAUUAAACGGUUGAAUAGUGGAACAAUAAUAAAGUUUUUUUUUUGUGGUUCAACAAUAUAGUUUUGUAACAUCCACUUCAUAUGUUCGUAUGGACAGAGAUUUUAACUCCUUUGUGUUAUUUUUUUUCUUUCGAAUUUUAAUUCGUGCAAUAUCUUCAUAGUCAAAUGGCUAGAUCAUGUUUUUGACGACGAAUUGAUAAUUACGAGAAUUGUGUUAUAGAUGAAUCGUAGCAUCAGAUAUCCAACCGAGUCAGACGAGUGUAACAUCUGAAAAUUCUACAUCAAAAUCUACCGCAAAAUCUAUAUGUUCAAUAAAAAUCCAAAAAAUUCAAUAAACGCAUCGUCAAAACGUUGUGAAUUGCUGUUGGUCCAGGGACAAAAAUAUUGUUGCGACAAUAUUGAAAUAGAAACCUCUUUCGUCCGUCAAACUAUUCAAAUCGUCAACAAUGGGCAAUUGUUUGAAACGAUCAACAGCAGAUGAUAUAUCAUUGUUACGGGGAAAUGAAUCCAGUCGUGAUUCAUCCGAUCAAAUUGGUCCGGCACCAUUUGCGGAAAUCAUGCCGCCAGUCUUUUAUCCGUCACCAUCAGUCAGUCGCCCAGUGACUCAUCUAACCGAGGAGGAACAAGUGAAAAUAGCUAAACGUAUCGGUCUCAUACAACACCUUCCAAUUGGAUUGUACGAUGGCUGUAAAAAGUCUCGCGAAUGCGUUAUUUGUAUGAUGGAAUUCAAUGUGGGCGACUCCGUUCGAUGUCUGCCGUGCAUGCACACGUAUCAUCUCAGUUGCAUUGACGAUUGGCUAAUGCGGAGUUUGACAUGUCCAUCGUGCUUGGAACCAGUGGAUGCAGCUCUAUUGACGUCGUAUGAAACGUAAUUUUGUUUUCUUUUUCUUUCUUCAAAUUUAAUUUUUUUAUAAUAACGCUGGGGUAUGGAAAAGGUUUAUGUGAAAAAAGAGUAAUUUAAUUUCUUAUUAUUUCCUUGUCUUUACUAAAAACGAGUUAGAUACAAGCCAAAAUAAUAUUUCAUUUUUGAAACAAAAAUUACACGAUAAACUCAUAUCAACCAUUAUGCCCGCCAGGCUUCAUGAUAACCAUUUUUAGUUUUGUCGAAGGUUAUAUUCGGGCGAAACCAUUACUUUUUCGUUAUGGCGCCUGCAGUCUUUUACUUAAGUCACGAUGUAGACAUGCUACACAUAAAUAAAUAUUAAAAUUUUCCUAUUUUUAUAAUUUUACACUAAGUUUUAGUAGAACCUCAAACGGUUUAGGUGGCAUAAUGUCUUAUCACAGCAACUAAAUGAUUGCCGAGUGCUCAUAAACAGUUGUUACAGUUGAUUCUUUUGGAUCAAUUUUUGAAAAAUUUACUCAAAUUGCCAAGGUAGCUGAUUCCUCUCGCAAUAUAUUGAGUAUGAGUCAGAGAAGAUGUAAAGAAAUAAUUAUCGAUUCUCUUUUGCUCUAAACACAUCGACCCAACGUCUAGUACUUCCAUAGUUUCAACGUAAAGGUUAUUCAUUAGAGCUCAUGGCUCUCUAUAACACCACCGUCUCGAAAAGGUUGUAGACAUAGUACCCUUCAAUGCAGUAACAAAACAUACGGGAAAUUGCACUUGCGUGUUUCUAACAGAUAGAUAGGUCAAAAGUCAUCUCAAUAAUUUAAAUUCUAUGGAAAAUGUAGACGAUCCAAUUGCUUUGUGUCUACAAAUGGAUAAUAAUUUUAGUGAAAAUGGUUUCAUAACGCACAGCUCUUCAAAGUUCAGAAGUAAAUGGACGCAUAUUUUGACUAAGAAAGUUUAUUCCGUAGAUGUUCCCCUACAUUUAGUGCAACCGCUGUUCGGACACAUAUUCGAAUAGCCAGUUUCAAUAGUAUUAACUAUUGGAACGUGCGUCCGAAUAGUUUCUUUCACUAGUAUUGACUAUUUGCGCCAAUAGCACCAAAAAAUGAACGCCCAAAAUAUGGUGGAAUAAUACAUACUACCCUCAAUUUCCGGAAGAUUAAAUAAUCAUUCGUGGCAAUCAACGUCACGAAAUAGGCCAGAAACUAACAUUUUUUUAAUUAAAAAAAUAUUUUGCGCUUUUUACAAGCAGCAAUAGAGUGUGAUCUCAAUUCUCAGCUCAAAUCCAGGCUCAAACAUCGAAUCACGUUAGCAAAACUUUUUUAUCAAUAAAAUGAUCAGCAAAUUAAGUGAUAGGUUGGCUGAAUCAUGUUUUAACAAUUCUUUUGAAAGUUUGUCUACAUCUUUAGAGUGAGUUGAGCCACUAGUCAGUAUUUUAGACGUAAAACGUAAACGUCUUUUCAAGCCUCUGUAUAGUUAGUCAAACAACCGAGUGAGAGAUGAAUAUAAAUGGAUAAAUUGGCCAACUAACCAACCAUACCGACUUUUGUUUAUAUAAUGGCAAUAUUUAAAGGUCUUGCCAUUUUGGAAUAUUCAUUAAUCAAUUUUUCUAACAAAUGAUCGAAAAACCUCGUCUAUCAGCUUAGAAGACUUCUGCAACUCAUCAUUAGGAACAUUCAAUUGAGUUGAAUCAAUUCACAAUCUACUGGUUUUUCAGUUUCAAAGCACAACUCUUGUUGUGCUUAUAAUUUAAGUUGUGCAUUAGGUACUUUUUGAACUAACUCGUGAAAUUCUAAGAUUAAUGUGCUAACCUCAUCUACCUAUUAUUAAGUCCAGACGACAACUUACUAAAUUUUCUGUUUGCUUUUUGGCUUUUCGACUUCUUUCGAGAUCUCACUAACCAAACAGAUUAAAAAAUAUUUUUCCGAUUUGAGCAGUUUCGAACAGCAGAAUCAAUGACCGACGAUGUUUAGGAAUACUUUGCGUUGAUAUGAUAUAUUAGACCCACAAACCUAAAUAUCUUUCCAUUGAAUACAUGGUCCCAUUUUAAUUUAUUGUAAAGUCAUGGAUUUUUUUUAUUAACUGAAAUGGAUUGAUGAUCAAUCCUGAGCUGAAAACUGAAACGAAAACUAUUUCAGAGAAAAAGAAACCGUUUGAGCUUAGUCUUUCUCAUUGUGAUCAAACUUAAAUAUUUAAAGAAAGGGAAAAAAAUGAAAAUUAGAUGAUCAAUUUAAAACUAUUAUUAAAUACAUAAAAAAACAUUAUUUACUAUAUGAUUAGAUAUUUACAUACCCAACCAAAACACAUGCAUACACAAUUUUUUUUUUAUUAUAUUUAAGAAUCGAUGGACAACUAACAAUAUUAUAAGAUAAAAUAAAAAAAGAAGAAAAGAAAAUUCGACUAGAUGAAAAUAUGAAAUUAUGAAUAAAGUAAAAGAAAACGUAUCUAAUCUCCUCCGUAAAAUGUCUUAAAAAAUAAAAAAAAUGAAAAUAAAAAUUAAAUUAAUAUCUGUGGUAUUAGUAUUAAAAUAAUGAAAAAAAAAAUAAUUAAAAAAAUUUGUUGUUGAUCCCACAAUAACUGACACUAAAUAACACUGUAACCACAUACUCAACGGAGAACGAAAUAAGUU